CUCUCUCUCUCCUCUCUCCCACUCUCUCUCCUCUCUCUCCUCUCUCCCACUCUCUCUCCUCUCUCCCACUCUCUCUCCUCUCUCCCACUCUCUCUCCUCUCUCCAACUCUCUCCUCUCUCCCACUCUCUCUCUCCUCUCCUCUCUCUCCUCUCUCCAACUCUCUCUCCUCUCCUCUCCUCUCUCUCCUCUCUCCCACUCUCUCUCUCCUCUCCUCUCUCUCUCUCUCUCUCUCUCUCUCUCUGUUCUCUCUGUCUCUCUCUCUCUGUCUCUCUCUCUCUCCCACUCUCCCUCUCCUCUCUCCAACUCUCUCUCUCUCUGUCUCUCUCUCUCUCUCCUCUCUCUCCUCUCUCCAACUCUCUCUCCUCUCUCCCACUCUCUCUCUCCUCUCUCUCCUCUCUCCAACUCUCUCUCCUCUCUCCCACUCUCUCUCUCCUCUCUCCAACUCUCUCUCCUCUCCCCCACUCUCUCUCUCCUCUCCUCUCUCUCCUCUCUCUCCUCUCUCCCACUCUCUCUCCUAUCUCCCACUCUCUCUCUCCUCUCCUCUCUCUCCUCUCUCCCACUCUCUCCCACUCUCUCUCUCUCUCUCCCACUCUCUCUCUCCUCUCUCUCCUCUCUCCCACUCUUUCUCCUCGCUCCCACUCUCUCUCUCCUCUCUCCCACUCUCUCUCCUCUCUCCCACUCUCUCUCCUCUCUCCCACUCUCUCUCCUCCCUCCCACUCUCUCUCCUCCCUCCCACUCUCUCUCCUCUCUCUCUCCUCUCUCCCACUCUCUCUCUCUCCCACUCUCUCUCCUCUCUCCCACUCUCUCUCUCCUCUCUCUCCAACUCUCUCUCCUCUCGCCCACUCUCUCUCUCCUCUCUCCCACUCUCUCUCCUCUCUCCCACUCUCUCUCCUCUCUCCCACUCUCUCCCACUCUCUCUCCUCUCUCCCACUCUCUCUCCUCUCUCCCACUCUCUCCCACUCUCUCUCUCCUCUCCCACUCUCUCUCUUUCUCCCCUCUCCCACUCUCUCCCACUCUCUCUCCUCUCCCACUCUCUCUCUCCUCUCCCACUCUCUCUCCUCUCCCACUCUCUCUCUCCUCUCUCCCACUCUCUCUCCUCUCUCCCACUCUCUCUCCUCUCUCCCACUCUCUCUCUCCUCUAGAUGAUCUUAUUAGAGAAGCUGGGGCAGCAGUUGAGUCAUCCCACCCGGUCAGUGUAUGGUUGGCUGAUCACUAAGUUCCUGAAGUAUCACAACAAGAUGUUAGAGGAGAGUGCGGUGUCUCUGUCUGGGAUGCAGCCUGGAGAUACAGUGUUAGAGCUGGGCCACGGGCCAGGACUGGGUCUGAAGGCUGCAGCCACACUGCUGACAGAACCUACUGGGAGACUCAUAGGAGUGGACUACUCACAAUACAUGCACCAGAUGGCAGGUCAUCUUCUGAAGGAAUUGGUCUACAGUGGGAAGGUGUCUCUGUAUCUGUGUGAUGUGGCAGCCAUGCCUCUAGCAGCCAAUAUGGUAGACAAGGUGUUCCACUGUAAUUGCUACUACUUCUGGCCAGACCUGAUGAAGGGAGCUGCAGAGAUACACAGAGUCAUGAAACCAGGGGGAAGGCACCUAGGGAGUGCUUAG